ACAUGCGGCACUGUCAGUGAGUUGGUGACUUUGGAACAGUACUGAUCUUCCUCCUCCCAAGCCUCGCUGCCACCAACGACUGAAGAAAGUGCAGCAAACGACUAGCGUUGUGUGAAUCAAGAGGAAAAAGCCACAAGGGGAUCAGUCAUGGUGUCACUGAGAAAGUAAGUCAACUUGUAUAACAAUUGCAGCUCUCCCUCCCUCUCCGCAACUUGCAUGCAGUGACCGUCGCGCCUCACUUUCACGUCUUCCACACAACCCCAGCAUGGCCUCCCUCAGGAUUGGGUUCAUCGGGGCGGGCAACAUGGCCCAGGCUCUGGCCAAGGGAUUCAUUUCCUCAGGUUUGGCCAAGCCCCAGAACGUGACAGCCUCGUGUCCCCCGACUGAUCAACACCUCUUGCAGCAGAUGAAGCAGUUGCUGGGCUGCGCCACCACCCACGACAACCGCGAGGUCGCCUCAACCUCAGACGUGGUGGUGGUGUGCGUCAAGCCAACCAUCGUGGGCCGCGUCCUGCAGGAGCUGCGCCCCUGCGUCACACCAGACCGCCCACUCGUUACUUCCGUUGCUCUGGGGGUCACGCUUUCCUCCAUGGAGGCUGCUUUGCCCCCCGAGGCCCGUGUGAUGAGAAUCAUGCCCAACACCCCGGCCCUGGUGCAGCACGGAGCCUCGGUGUUCACUCGAGGCACCCACACCACCCCGGAGGACGCCGAGCUCACACAAAAGAUGCUGUCAGCGGUGGGACAAUGUGACGAGGUGCCGGAGACCUUCCUUGACGCCGUGACUGGACUCAGUGGUGCAGGACCUGCUUACAUGUACCUGGUUGUGGAGGCGUUGGCUGACGGCGGCGUGAGGAUGGGUCUGCCCCGCGACCUGGCUCAGAGGCUGGCUGCUCAGACCAUGAUGGGCGCCGCCAAAAUGGUGCUGAGUACAGGCAAGCAUCCCGGCCAGCUCAAGGAUGAGGUGUGCUCUCCGGGAGGUUGCACCAUCCAAGGCGUGCAGGUCUUGGAAGAUGCUGGCCUGCGCUCCGCCCUCAUUUCAGCCGUGCACACUGCUGCCGCCGCCUCCGUCACUAUGGGAAGGAAGCAACCUGUCCCAUCACCACCCUUAGCCCCACCCUCACCCCCUACAUCGUCUCCCACACCGCCAACACCACAUCGACGCGCUCCCUUCUUCCCCCCCGCUGCUAGGCCUCAACGUGCCCCGCAGCCUUUCGCGCCUUUUUGAUCAGUGAGGCUGUGAUGUAGGAGUGUAAGGUUUCUGUAAGCAGUAGCAAGAGUGAUCCAUUCCUGAUGUAAAGCUGCGUGUGUGUGUGUGUGUGUGUGUGUGUGUGUGUGUGUGUGUGUUUGUAUUUAGGUGUUUACAGGGUCGAGUCAAGUUUUUUUGUGUGGUCCUCGUCUUUAUUUAAUGUUUUAGCAUAUCUUGGUUAGAAAUUAAGGAUAUUUUUUUUCAUGUGCGAUUUAUACAUUCCGUUGGUUUAGACUUUUAGACUCUUGAGAGAGAGAGAGAGAGAGAGAGAGAGAGAGAGAGAGAGAGAGAGAGAGAGAGAGAGAGAGAGAGAGAGAGAGAACAUAAGAAAUAAGGGAAGCAGCAAGAAGCUACCAGGCUUACACGUGGCAGUCCCUGUAUGAAAUAUGCCUACCUGUUUCCACCUAUCAUCCCCAUCCAUAAACCCGUCUAAUCUUCUCUUAAAGCUCCCUAAUGUCUUAACACUAACAACAUGAUUACCGAGUCCGUUCCAUUCAUCUACCAAUCUAUUUGAGAACCAAUUUCUUCCUAUCUCUUUAUUAAACCUAAAUUUUUCAAGCUUGAACCCGUUAUUUCUUGUUCUGUCCUGCUUGCUGAUCCUAAGAAUUUUGCUUACGUCCCCCUUGUUAUAACCCUUAUACCACUUAAAUACUCCUAUCAUCUCUCUAAAGAAUGUAAAUUUAACAGCUUCAAUUUCGCCUCGUAAGGAAUACUCCUCAUUCCCUGUGUCCUUUUAUUCAUUCUUCUUUGUACUGAUUUGAUAGACCUAUGUCCUUCCUGUAAUGUGGGGACCAGAACUGCACAGCGUAGUCUAGAUGAGGUCUGACCAGCUCCAUUAUUUUUUUUUUUUUUUUUUAUGUAGGAAGGACUUUAAUAUUACUUAGGGCCUUCUACUUUUAACACUCUUGAAAAAUAAUCCUAAUACCCUAUUUGCCCUGUUUCUGCCCUCUCUGCAUUGCUUUCUUAGACGGAGUUCAGAGCUAGCUAUAACUCUAAAUCUUUUUCGUACCCUGAACCUACCAAAGUUUCGUUGUUUAUUGUGUACCUCUACCAACGCUAAGUAAUUUGCAUUUGUUGAUAUUAAACUACAGAGAGAGAGAGAGAGAGAGAGAGAGAGAGAGAGAGAGAGAGAGAGAGAGAGAGAGAGAGAGAGAGAGAGAGAGAGAGAGAGAGAGAGAAUAAUGCAAGUAUACAUAGAAAGAAAGAAUGAACACGGAGAAUAUAUACAUAAUGUAGUAUUAGAACUCAGUAAAUAAAUGGGUUGAUCUAAACGGAAACAACCAAUUUCACUAGCAAUAGAACAAAAGUUAAAGUUAUCAUAAUGAACCUCUGUAUGUUUAACGUGUUCUAUUCUCCCACCUUGAUUUGUAUCCAUUCGUACUGUAAGUCUUGCGUCAAGGGUAAUGUUUGCGUGAAUUAAUCCUGCACGCGACGAGGCUUGGGGCUUCCUUUGGUCUUAGACGAGGAACUGAAUGAAAGACAGAGUGAGAGAGGGACAGAUCAAUUCGUGUAGGUUAUUAAUCGUUGAUUUUGAAGAAUGAAUCGUAUGUACAGUAUGUGUCACGGCGAUUGAAUGAAAUAAUGUUAUGGUACACUGUGUUAUGAAGCUUGGAGUAGGUAUGAUGGCAUACGUAUAAUGACACAUGAUAAUAGGGUGCAAUGAUCCUUGAAUAAUAUAAUAUAUUCUUCAGGUAUCAUUACAGCCUAUUAUCACGUGUCAUUAUACGUAUAUCAUCAUAUCUCAUUGGUAGGUUACAACGUGUCCCAAUACGUGAAUAAAAAUAUGAUAGGCUAUAUGAAGAAAUAUCCAACAUUGUUAUAAAAAAAAAAAUAAUAAUAUAAUGAUACUGUUGACAUU